AUGGUUGCUGCUGCAACAUUUGGUGCUACAAACACUACCACCGCUACUGCCGCCAACAAAGAGUACGAUUAUUAUCAUUCCUUCAAUCAUGAGAAGAGCUCAUGCUCAUUGCUCACACCACCUAGACAUCAUCACAACUCUCCUCUUCGUAGUCGUUUAUUUCCUCAUCGUAAAUUAACACCUAUGACAACUUCUUCAUUGGCCAUCCCAGGCUUUUGGCUUAAUGUUGGAGUGGGUGUGAGCAGUGAAGAUGAUCUUUCUCAGACCCGAUCUUUGUCGUUCGCAUGCACAACAGCUGUUCGACAUUUGACGGGAUCUCUUACUGCAAUUGAGGGCCUUCGCUUUGCUGUGGUUGUGGCACGGUUUAAUGAGAUUGUGACGAAGCUGCUUUUGGAGGGAGCUUUGGACACGUUCAAGAGAUAUUCAGUUGAAGAAGACAUUGAUGUGGAUCCCCAAGAUAUUGUUAUGCUGUAAUGAUAGCAGGGCUUUACUUCUUUGACCACAGUGUUGCUUCACAGAAGGCGCAACAAAAGUUCAAUCUCAAGAAUCCUUCUGCUUACCAUUAUGACAUCGUCUUGUUGGGAUUCAUGACUUUGCUUUGUGGACUGAUUGGACUUCCUCCUUCAAAUGGGGUCAUCCCCCAGUCUCCGAUGCACACCAAGAGCGUAGUGGACUGAUUGAACUUCCUCCUUCAAAUGG